AUGCGCUUUUCAAUUUUGAGCGCGCGCUUUUACUAUGCAACGGCCAACAGUCAACAUGUGCCAUAAAUAAAAGUACUCGCACUAACGGUAAUGUUCUGGGUGCAUGUUCUCCCGUGUGUCUGCUGCUCUUUUAACUUUUUUUUGUUGGAGUGUUCACAGUUUCAGUACGGCUCGAAACUCGAACGGAAGUGGAACAAACGAAGCGGAAACCCACACGAUACGAAUAUGGAAAAACUUUUUCAUCAACAACAAAAUAUAAUCAUGGCAAUUUGGUCAAUGUAAUAAUAUACAGCUAUGACUAAUUGUAAUUACAACUUGCGGCGCGGUUGAACUGAGCACACUUCAGUUCAGUUCAAUUCAGAAUUUCGAGUCUCGUGUCUGUUUUUUUUUAUUUUUUUGGCUGCAUUCAAAGUCAAGUGAAAUUUUUGUCGGUAUCUGUUGCGGUCGGUUUUUUGUUGGCUUUUGUCGGUCUCGGUCUUUGUCUAAAGGAUUUGCACAAAGCACAUUAAAUUUUUGGACUUUGCUAAGAUGAUGACUGCGUGAAGAAAUCAAUAAGACAGGCAAGACGAGGCGAUGAGCAGCAGCUGCCAAAGCAUUGCAACGGCGGCGAGCAGUGCCGCCACCACAGCAGCUGCCGUCUCCAUCUCGGUGUCCAAUGCCACCUCGGUGGGCAGCCUCAUUGCGGCCGCCUGCAACCUGCAGCAGCCACCGACGUCGCACUAUGUCAAUGGAACGGGCAGCUUGGGUCGCCUCAAGUUUCAUCACAAGAGUCUCGAUGCCAGCGAUGAGGAGCUUGAGUAUACGCAGUUGUCGAAGUCCACACACAUCCUUGGACGCUACAAGUCGGAACGCUUUCUGGCCUCCAAGCCGGAUGAGGAUCGACGACGUCGCACCAUCAUUGUGGAGAAGAAGAACGAUUCCUAUGGCUUCACCCUGCAAAGCUAUGGCAUCCAUUACAAAUGCGACGAGGAGCUGGAGAUGAUUACCUAUGUGGACUAUGUGGAGUACGGUGGACCAGCUUAUCGGGCUGGGAUGCGGGAGGGCGAUGUGAUACUCUCGAUCAAUGGCAACGAUAUGGAGAAGGCUGAUCACAAGACCAUUGUGGAGUUUAUCAAGAAGUGCGACAUGAGAAUGCGCAUGGUUGUGCUCUUCGAGGAUUGUGUGCGAAAGGUGGAUCUGCAUAUGAGGUAUAUACAGCUGCAGACCUUGUUGCAGCAGAAGAUGAACGAGCUGGAGCGUGUGCAUCUGCGUGAACGCGAGCUCCUCGAGGGCAAGUGGAAGACGCACAGUUUGCCGGCACGCAAAAAGGCGAAUGCCAACACUUCGCCCAGCGAUGCUGAAGGCAUCUCACCCACAGAGUCAACGGCAGUCGAGGCGGGAUUCUAUCGUCCCGCGCUGUCCACGGAGGAUGUACCCAAUUUGGCAAUGCGACAGCAACCGAUUAUAAUACCGCCGCCAGCGCAAUUUAUGCUCACCUAUCACUAUCUGGAUCCCACAUAUCGCUAUGUGCUGCGACCCACAACGCACGGCAAUGCGGACAACUAUAUUGAGGGCGGUGUGAUUGGUUUGCAGCGCAGCAGCAGCAGCAUCGAUCACCAGGCCACCCAACAACAGCAACAGCAGCAACAUUAUAUGAUGCAGCGGACCGAAUCGCUGGACACGAAUACAGCGAGUCAGGGGACGGCAAGCACCACGCAACAGUAUCACAGCGCUAGCGCAGGUGGCGGGGUCGGUGGGGGAGUGAAGCCACCGGCGCCACCUCCGAGGACCUGUGAGAAGCACAAGCCGCCUGCGAAGCCACCGAAGUUGGAGAAGUCAAAGCAUUGCCAUGCCGGACACUCGUGCAAUCCCUGUGUGGGUCACUUUCGCUGGAAGUCUUCCGAUAAGUCAGCCGAAAAGUCGCACAAUAAUAAUGGCGACAACGUUAGCCUCGAUGCCUACGAUUUGGCCAGUCCCUGCUGCGAUACGCAGUGUGUGCCCAGCAGGCGUCGUCAUCGCCAGCACAAGGAACAUGUGCACAAGCACAAGCAUCGGGAACGCGAGCGUUCCGAGAGCAAACACUCUGCAGCCUCGCGUGGCAACUCACAGACUCAACAACAGCACGCCUCGCCCAGUGCAAUGGAGGCCAAGGCGAUUGCCGCUGAGCGGCCGACGGGGGGACAUCAUCAUCAUCACCAUCAUCACAGGCACCGGCAUGAUCAGACGCAGCCGGCAACGCAGUCGCAUCAUCAUUACCAUCAUCAAACCCCUCAAGCGCACUCGCAAACGCAAUCCCAGGCGGGAAGCGUGCGUUCGCGUUAUUUUGACCUGGCCUCGGGUUUGGCCAGCCAUUGCAGUCUGCACUCGUGUACGUCGAGUGAGUUUGCGCCAGCGGAUUCCGCCUCCUAUACCACCUCCAUCAGCACGGACACACUGUUCUGGGAUCCCAAGAGCGAUGCAGCGCAGCAAGCAUCGCGUCAGCAGUCGACCAAGUCGCGUCAAUCGUAUGAACAGCAGCCAACUCAACAGCAGCAACAGCAACAGUUGCAGCAACAGAUGCAGCAACAACAACAGCAGCCGCAUCCACAUGUGCAUGCUCAUCAUCAUCAGCAGCAACAGCAGCAGCAUUAUCAUGUGACCACCACACAGAUGCAGCCGUCCCAGAUCUAUCCCAACACCAUGACCUAUGUGCAGAAGCCCAAGUCGUGGGAUAAUCUGGCCAACAAGGCGCUCGUCGGCCAAGGCUAUGGCUAUGGCUAUCUCGAUACGGUGGCCAUGACGCCGCCCGUCAAGCUGCAGCUGGCCCAGCAACGUCAUUCGAUGCCCCGGCGUAAUCCCUAUGGCCGUUUCUCCACCUACGGCGAUGUGGAGAACUAUGCACCGCCACCCACUGAGUUUGUGGGUGAGCUGACAACCACCACGACCACAACGAUCACGGCCAAGUCCACGGAGGAGCUGCUGGCUGCAUGCGAUUGUCUGACACCGCAGCAGCAACAGGCGCUGAAGGCCGCUCAAUAUCAGUUGAGCCAGAAUCAGAAGUUGUCGCAUCACAACACCUGUCAAAUGGGUUACUAUUCGCAUCUGCCCAGACCCACGGCCGAUGUGGGCAUCUCAGUGGGUCAGCAGCCCCACCAGACGACGUCAUCGAAUAAUGGUUGCGAUGUGUCCACAGUAUCGGAGGCGACGCGACUGUAAAGCGUGUCUCUUUGAUCAACCGUCUUUUGGAGCGGAGUUCACAACGAAUGCCCUCGCUAUAAAAUGCUCAAUAUAUACACUAUAUAUAUAUAGACACAUAUCCAUCAUUCAUUUGUAAACUUAUGUGAGCAUUCAGUGUGAGACUCCGUGAAUACUUGUACAUCGAAAUAAUUAGCAGCCAAAUUUUUUAAACUUUUAACUUGCACUUCCCGAAGAGAACAUAUUCCAUAUUACCGAUUACCGAUUACCACAGGAAUCGGACCAGAUCGAUAUACAUACAUACGAGUACGAAACAUAUAUACGAUAACUAGACGCAUUGCAGUUACGAAUUUUUGUUUUCGGAUUUUUUUAAAGACUGAAAGCUACGCGUAUAUUUUAAAAGAGAGGUUUAAGAUCUGGCGUCAGUAAAAACAUAAGUAGUUGAAAUACUGUAAUACUUAUAACAACAACAACAAUAAGAAGAAGAAGAACAACCAAAAUGCAUGUAGUUAUUGUUUUUAUCACAAUUAUAUAUAAAUACGUAUACUUAAAUAUUUAUUAUAUAUAGAUCAAUUAUAGAUCUGAAAUACUGAUAUCGAGCAAUGUAAUUUAUUCAUUGUGAUACUUAUAGUGUGCAAUGAUUGGGCACUGAAAAUCUAAGAGUGUAUCUUUGGCAUGCCGAAGCUUAAAUCGCCCUUGCAGAGAAGCAUAGUUUUAUAAAUAUAUUCAAAGGAUAUAGUAGUCAAAUUUUGAGAAAAUUUCGUAGUUUUAUAUUCGAAAGAUAUGGUAGUAAAAUUUUGAAAAAAUUUCGUAUAGGACAAUAUAUCAAAUUGAUAGCUUGUAGAUUUUGUUCGAAUUAAUCUUUGAACAAUCGUUCUUAUGAUUGCUAUAUGAUAUAGUAAAGCGAUCUGGCCAAUUCUGGUAAAUAAAAUGAUAUUAUCCGAAGUUUCAUUUAGAUAGCUUUAAAAAUGAGAGACUAGUUUGCAUAGAAACAAAAGGUCAGUCGGACAUAAAGAGAGAAAAAUAGUUAAUUCCAAAUUCAUGCUUCCUCUGCUUGGGUAGAACAAGAACCAUUUUAGUGUAUUGUAUGAUUAUUUGGAUAAACAAAAAACAUGGCGCUUUUUAUGUAAUGCUAAUUGUAAAUGUUAUAGUACUUUAUGUAAUGCAAUAAAAAUUCACUGUGUGUUCAUGUAGUAUGACUCAUAAAACCAAAAAACCAAACAAUACGAACAAAUC